UUCUCGUUUAUAGCUGUAAGUCUGUGGAAAAUGGGCGAGAACCAGACUUCUGUCACGGAGUUCCUGCUCCUGGGAUUUCCCCUCAGCCCGAGGAUGCAGGUGCUCCUGUUUGGGCUGUUCUCCCUGCUCUUCGCCUUCACCCUGCUGGGCAAUGGGGUCAUCCUGGGUCUCAUCUCCUUCGACCCCCAACUGCACACCCCCAUGUACUUCUUCAUCUGUCACCUGGCCACCGUCGACAUAGCGUAUGCCUGCAACACGGUGCCCCAGAUGCUGGCCAACCUCCUGAGGCCAGCCCGGCCCAUCUCCUUUGCUGGCUGCAUGACACAGACCUUUCUCUUCUUGACUUUUGCUCACAACGAGUGUCUUCUCCUGGUGGUGAUGUCCUGUGAUCGGUACAUGGCCAUCUGCCAUCCGCUUCGGUAUUCUGCCAUCAUGAGCUGGAGAGUCUGCAUCACCCUGGCAGUGACUUCCUGGACUUCGGCAGCCCUCCUGGCCCUAGAAGAUAUGGUGUUACUCUUACCAUUGCCCUUCUGUGGGCCUCAGAAAGUGAAUCACUUUUUCUGUGAAAUUCUAGCCAUUCUCAAACUUGCCUGUGCAGAUACCCACCUUAACGAGAUUAUAGUUUUGGUCAGGGCAGUGUUGGUGCUGGUGGGACCACUGUCCGCAGUUGUGGUAUCGUACGGCCACAUUCUGCGUGCCGUCCUGAAGAUCCAGUCGGGGGAGGGGCGCCGGAAAGCUUUCUCCACCUGCUCCUCCCACCUCUGCGUGGUCGGGCUCUUUUAUGGCACAGCCAUUGUCAUGUAUGUUGGGCCCCAACACGGGGACCCCCAGGAGCAGAAGAAGUAUCUCCUCCUCUUUCACAGCCUUUUCAAUCCCAUGCUCAAUCCCCUGAUCUACAGUCUGAGGAACAGAGAAGUCAGCGCUGCUCUGAAAAGGCGGCUUGAAAAGGAGAGACCCUCAUGA